CGGGAGCGGGUUGUAAAGUCCACGCUGCCCACAGGAGUCAGUCGACCGGAAUCCCCCAGGGGAGCAAUGGCUCUAACAAUGCUGCUCUUGCUGGUGGCGGCCGCCCUGACCCUGAUCGAGACCCGCGCGGGCCAACACUCGCUGCAAUAUUUCCACACCGCUGUGUCCCGGCCCGGCCUCGGGGAGCCCUGGUUCAUCUCUGUCGGCUACGUGGACGACACGCAGUUCGUGCGCUUCGACAGCGAUGCGGAAAAUCCGAGGAUGGAGCCGCGGGCGCGGUGGAUGGAGCAGGAGGGGCCGGAGUAUUGGGAGCGGGAGACACAGAUCGCCAAGGGCCAUGAGCAGAGUUUCCGAGGGAGCCUGAGGACCGCACAGAGCUACUACAACCAGAGCAAGGGCGGCUCUCACACACUCCAGUGGAUGUAUGGCUGUGACAUGGGGUCCGACGGGCGCCUCCUCCGCGGGUACCUGCAGUUCGCCUAUGAAGGCCGCGAUUACAUCGCCCUGAACGAAGACCUGAAAACGUGGACGGCGGUGGACAUGGCGGCACAGAUCACCCGACGCAAGUGGGAGCAGGCUGGUAUUGCAGAGAAAGACCAGGCCUACCUGGAGGGCACGUGCAUGCAGUCGCUCCGCAGAUACCUGCAGCUCGGGAAGGAGACGCUGCUGCGCACAGAUCCCCCAAAGGCACAUGUGACCCAUCACCCCAGGUCUUAUGGUGCUGUCACCCUGAGGUGCUGGGCCCUGGGCUUCUACCCUGCUGACAUCACCCUGACUUGGCAGUUGAAUGGGGAGGAGCUGACCCAGGACAUGGAGCUUGUGGAGACCAGGCCUGCAGGGGAUGGAACCUUCCAGAAGUGGGCAUCUGUGGUGGUGCCUCUUGGGAAGGAGCAGAAUUACACAUGCCAUGUGAACCAUGAGGGGCUGCCUGAGCCCCUUACCCUGAGAUGGGGGAGAUGGGAGCCUCCUCCAUACACUGUCUCCAACAUGGCGACCAUUGCUGUUGUGGUUGACCUUGGAGCUGUGGCCAUCAUUGGAGCUGUGGUGGCUUUUGUGAUGAAUAGGAGGUGAAACACAGGUGGACAAGGAGGGGACUGUGCUCCAGCUCCAGCAUGAAGACAGCUGCCUGGACUGCACUGAGUGACAGACGAUGUGUUCAUGUCUCUCCUGUGACAUCCAGAGCCCUCAGUUCUCUUUAGACAACAGUGUCUCAUGUUCCCUGUGAGCCUAUGGACUCAAUGUGAGGAACUGUGGAGCCCAGCCUGCCCUGCACACCUGGACCCUGUCCCUGCACUGCCCUGUUCCCUUCCACAGCCAACCUUCCUGUUCCAGCCAAACACUGGGUACAUCUACAUCCUGUCAGCUCCAUGCUGCCCCGAGCUCCAGCUCCAUACUUUCACACGAAGAGUAUGUGACCUUGAUUGUUAUCAUCUUGAGCUGAGGGUUGAUUGCUUGUUAAUUUAAUGGUUGAGAAUACUUAGCAUUUUUCUCUUUUUUAAAAAAAUAAAUAAAUGGCAGAUGGAGAACCUUUCAGGA